AUUUAUUUUUUAUCAAAGUAAAAAAUACCUAUUCGAGGAUUCAAAGAAAAGAAACAUUAGUUCAAGAGAGAGUUGUGCUGGAAAGUACUCUGUCAACACUCAACGGAGGGCCACGGGGAGUGCAGAAGUUCUAAGAGGCAGGCUAACAACCCUGUGCGUCCCUUCCCACUCUCCGAAGGAUCAUCAUUCGCAAGAGCAUCAAACAUAUAUAAAACCCAGUCCUUUCUCUGUCUUUCCUUCACCUUCUUUCCUUUCGAAUCCUCAAGCUUUGAUCUGAUCAUGGCCCAUUUGGCUCUAUCUCAGGUGCCUGUAGCUGCUCCUGUUGGAAGUGAUGUGUCCCUCAAGAAAUCUGUUUUCAAGAGGCACGCCAUAAGCUUUGUUGAUGGAUCACGGGCACCUAGCAUAGCUUUGGACUUGAAAACCAAGAGUUCGAAGUUGAGAAAUCGGCACAUAGUAUGCUUGUCAGUGCAGCAAGUCGGCAUACCUAAACUUGCAGUUUCACCUCUAGGACUCGAAGAUGCCAAAGAGCCCCCAUUAAAUUUAUACAAGCCCAAGGAACCUUAUACUGCAACCAUUGUUUCUGUUGAGAGACUUGUAGGCCCAAAAUCUCCGGGAGAGACUUGCCAUAUUGUGAUUGAUCAUGGUGGCAAAGUCCCUUAUUGGGAAGGACAGAGUUAUGGUGUAAUUCCUCCCGGUGAAAACCCUAAGAAACCAGGGAGUCCCCAUAAUGUUCGUCUUUACUCAAUCGCUUCCACCAGGUAUGGGGACUCUUUUGAUGGCAAGACAGCCAGUUUGUGCGUUCGUCGUGCUGUCUAUUAUGACCCUGAGACAGGAAAAGAAGACCCGUCAAAGAAUGGAAUUUGCAGCAAUUACCUAUGCAACUCAAAGCCUGGAGAUAAAGUUAAGAUCACAGGACCCUCUGGCAAAGUAAUGCUUUUGCCUGAAGACGACCCAAAUGCCACCUACAUAAUGAUUGCUACUGGCACUGGUGUGGCUCCUUUUAGAGGCUACCUCCGCCGAAUGUUCAUGGAGUCCGUCCCAACAUUUAAGUUUGGUGGCCUUGCAUGGUUGUUUCUGGGGGUUGCCAACACUGACAGUCUCCUCUAUGAUGAUGAAUUCACCAAGUAUCUUAGGGACUAUCCAGACAACUUCCGAUAUGAUCGUGCCCUUAGCAGAGAGCAGAAGAACAAGAGUGGAGGCAAGAUGUAUGUUCAAGAUAAGAUUGAAGAGUACAGCGAUGAGAUUUUCAAACUCCUGGAUGGUGGGGCUCACAUCUAUUUUUGUGGGCUCAAGGGGAUGAUGCCUGGGAUCCAAGAAACAUUGAAAAAGGUUGCCAUGCAGAGAGGGGAGAACUGGGAAGCAAAGCAUGCGCAACUUAAGAAGAACAAGCAAUGGCAUGUUGAAGUUUAUUGAUUAAAGCAACUGUGGAGUCUGUUCAUGCCUGACCCAAGAAAUUGGUAUAUCCUCUUUCUUUUGAGGUAUUGUGGCAGUUCUUCUUCUAAUGAUCAGCAUUUUACAUAGCAACUUAUCUAGAAGUUGCCAUUGAUUUGUAUUAUCAUUCAACAAAGGGACAAGUUAUUCUCCAUGAUUAGUGCAAACAAAAAAAAUACCUUCAGUUGUCAA